CCCUGAGAGGAGCUUUGACCAAGGUAGGAUUCUGGGGGGAUUGAAAGUCGGUGUAUUCCCGUAGGUGCUCGAACUCGCAUAUAUCUCCUCGCUCUGAGCUUCGCGGAGUCUUGUAAACUUCUUGCAAACCACGUUUCUUUCAAUCCUCUUCCUGCUCCCUCCAACACAUCCUUCACAAUGGCACCCGCGAUCCGCAGACUCCGUAUUGCCGUCUCAGGCCUCGGCCGCAUGGGCGCUCGCCAUGCCAACCACUUCCUCCACCGCACACCCAAGGCUGAACUCGUAGCCGCCUUUACACCUGCUGAGAAUGAGAUUGCUUGGGCGAAGGAGAAUCUCGAGCCGUGGGGCGUCAAGAUCUACACCGACUACGACGAGAUGUUGAAGCAUGAGGGUCUUGAGGCUGUCUGUGUAGCCACCGUUACCACAGUACAUGCCGAGCAGACGAUCAAGGCGAUCGAAGCUGGAAAGCAUGUUCUGUGUGAGAAGCCGCUCAGCACCAAGUUGGACGUGGUCCACCAAGUCCUCGACACCGCAAAGCGCAACCCUCACGUCAAAGUCAUGUGUGGUUUCUCCCGCCGCUUCGACUCCUCCUACGUAAACGCCUACAACAUGACCCUCAACGGCGACAUCGGACGACCCACGAUCCUGCGCUCACAAACCUGCGACAAAUACGACCCCUCCGGUUUCUUCGUCGCCUACGCCGAGUUCUCAGGCGGCAUAUUCGUCGACUGCAACAUCCACGACAUCGACCUCGCCCUAUGGUACUUCUCCGCAGAAACAAAGGGCAAGACGCUGCCCAUCGUAAAAUCUGUCAUGGCCGUCGGCGUAACAGCCCUUGAGCCCGACCUAGCCAAACACGGCGACGUCGACAACGGCGUCGGCGUCGUAGAAUUCCACUCCGGCCAAAUUGCCUACUUCUACAGUUCGCGCAUGAACGCCCCCGGCCAGCACGACAUGACAGAGAUCAUCGGAACAAAGGGCAAGUUGGCUGUCAAUUCGAAUCCCAUGACGGGGCUGCUGGAGAGCCAUAUGAGCAAUGGCAUUAAUAGGGAGAUUCCGCAGAAUUACUAUGAGCGGUUUGAACAGGCGUUUGUGGAGGAGGCGAGGCAGUUUACGGAUGCAGUGCUCGAGGGAGGAGAGGUGCCGGUUGAUUUGCAGAGUUCGAUGGAGGCGGUUAAGAUUGGAGUUGCGCUGCAGGAUAGUUUGAGGAGUGGGAGGAAGAUCUUCUUUGAUCAGCAGGGCAACCGCGUUGAUGAGGCGAGGGCGAAGUUGUAGAGUGGUGGUGGGUAUGGACCUGAUUGCUUGCUUACCUGAAGCUUCAAGCGGUUACAUGGAUGUAAUUCGGAUCAAAAGUUUGAUCAUUAGAUCUUAUAAUGGAGUACCAGUUCAUGGCCAUUUCACCGUAUUGCAGCAUCGAAGUUGUACGAAACAUGCAACGAUCCAUCUCAAGGGUCAUAUUGUACGACGUCUAUCUACCAGCAGUCCUUCCAUCCCAGAUCAUACCGUCCGUCCCUCCAUGCACAUCAAUCAUACCGUGUCGUUACAUGAAAGCG